AUGCCCCCUCCCAUAGCCAUCGAUGCCCAUGCGAUCAGUGGCAUCACCGGCAGCAUUUCCAUCGCCUGCUGGGUGAUUGUGUUUGCCCCGCAAAUCUACGAAAAUUACGUCAGAAAAUCACUGCUGGGUCUUUCCCUUCUGUUUGUCGUGUUGUGGCUUGCUGGUGAUGUGUUCAACGUGCUUGGCAGUGUCCUUCAAGGGGUAUUGCCGACGAUGAUUAUCCUCGCUGUCUACUAUACGCUUGCUGAUAUCGUGUUGCUUUGGCAAUGUUUAGUGUAUGGCGACGGUGGAGAAAAGACUGACGGUACUCAUCUUCUGCCCGCGACGCCAAUGCACGAGGAUACCAUUAAUGCGGUGCUUUCCGAUAAUGCCCCUCAAAGACCACUGCUCAAAGACGGUUUGACCAAAGUGGCGAUGGUGAUGCUUGUAUUUUUGGCUGGUGUCAUUGGCUGGUUGAUCACUGACGACCCCAACCGGGAACCUGACCAAUUAGUGUACGACCCCUUGGCCCAGUUCUUUGGCUGGUUGUGUGCCAUUCUCUACCUUGGGCUGCGAAUCCCUCAGAUCCUUUUGAACUAUAAGCGGAAGAGCGUUGAUGGUAUUUCAUUCAUGUUCUUUUUAUUCGCAUGCUUGGGUAAUUUGACCUAUGUGAUCUCCAUCCUCGCCAUCGACACCUCGUGGUACUAUCUCUGGGUGAACCUGCUGUGGUUGGCGGGCAGUCUCGGCACGUUGGCGAUGGAUUUCACGAUUUUCAUCCAGUUUUUCAUCUAUAACGAGAACGAGCCAGAGGUGCUCAUCACCAAUAAUGCUGCCAAUUAUGGUGGGGUCUAA